UAGGACUCUGAACAGUAGAUUUCAGAAUUCACUUGGAAGUGAGGCACAGGAUGUGCUUCAAGAACAACAGACAAAGCCAAAAAUGAGUGUCACUCUAAUAGAGGAUGAUGAUGAUGAUGAUGAUGAAAGUGAUGAUGAUGAGUUAAUUGUUGUAAGUCCUCUAAAGAACUCUUUCGAAGCUCGAGCAAGCAAUGUUCCUCCAAAAAGUGAGGACAAUUUGAAAGGGAAUGAUUUAGACGAGGAGGAGGAGAAAGAAAUUGAAUUGCCAAAUAGAACAGUCCUUGGUGAUGAGGAUGAGAUUCUAAAAGAUGAUGAUAAGGAAGAUGAGGAGAAAUUGAAGCAAUAUUUGAAAGACAAACUACAGCACAUAGAAGAUGAUGAAGACAGUGAUGCUUUGCGGGCUGCAAGUCCAACCGAUUCCUUGAGGGCUGGACGCCUCUCCCCCAUAACCAAUGCCAGUGCCCCUCCCCCGCUUCCAAGCACCGUCAUGUCGCCCUCCUUGCGGACCAGUUACAAGAGAGAUGAUGACUUGGAGGAUAGUUUUGGAAACUCUGAGAUGUCAGUACUGAGUGGUGGGUCCAUGUCUGAAACCAACAGGUCUAUGGCAUCCAGCUCACUGCUGCUCAACAAACUAACCAACAAGAGUGCAAGAAAGGGCAACAGGAGUUACCUGAGUGGAGGGGUGCGUAAUAGCGGAUCUCUGUUAGGCAAGGAUGAACUGGAUUCCCAUCUUCCAGAGAGGAGACUACGCAUCUUUGUUGCAACGUGGAACAUGCAUGAAGACAAGGAAAUACCUGAGAACCUGGAUGAUCUUCUUCUUCCUGAAGACAUUGAGUACAUGCAGGAUGUCUAUGUUAUAGGCACACAGGAAUCAUCUCCUGAUAUAGCUGAAUGGGAGAUUCGUCUGCAGGAAACCCUAGGACCGUCCCAUGUUCUGCUUCACUCAGCAGCUCAUGGUGUCCUGCAAUGCGUGGUCUUCAUCAGGAGGGACCUCAUCUGGUUCUGCUCACCUGUGGAAGAAUCAAGAGUGUCAACACGACCAGGGUCAAUGAUCAAAACAAAGGGUGCAAUAGCUGUCAGCUUCAAUUUCUUUGGGACAUCAUUCAUCUUCAUCGUAUCACACUUUACGUCUGGGGAUGAGAACAUGAAGGAGAGGCUGCUGGAUUAUGAGAAGAUCUUGAAAGGCAUCAGUCUACCCGAGAAAGUACCCCCAACCAGGAAGUUCAAUGUACUUACAAGUGAUGUGACAACUCGCUUUGACUGUGUGUUCUGGUGUGGGGACUUCAAUUUCCGGUUGGCAGAGAACAAGGCCCGGAUAGAAGGCUGGAUAGAUCAGCUUAGAAGAGGCAAUAAAGAUGAUUACGAUAUCCUGCUGCAGUAUGAUCAACUCAAUAAAGCAAUGCAAAGAAAUGAAAUAUUUCAGGGCUUCCAUGAAGGGAAAAUUGACUUUCUGCCAACUUACAAGUUUGAUAUUGGAGAGGACAUAUACGAUACAUCCGCCAAGGCCAGAGUUCCUUCUUACACAGAUCGGGUAUUGUAUAAGAGUCGCAAAGUUUCAGACAUCUCAUUAAUUCACUACAGCAGCUGUGAGGAGAUCAAGACGUCGGAUCAUCGACCGGUCUAUGCCCUCUUUGAGGCUGGGGUCAGACCUGGAAAAGACAACUCAACUAUGGGAGGAGGCAUGUUCGUUCGUGAAGUCUACAUAGAAGGUAUCAAGAGGAGAGUGGCCAAGUCUGGCAUGUCCAAGAGAACACAAGCUGCUGGGAGUUCUGUCUGCUCUGUCAUGUGAUCAUCAGGUAUCUAUCAGGUGACUCAUGCAUGUGACAUGUCAUGUGAUAUUUUGCCAUCAUGGUAGGAUAAGAUGUACUAGUGUGAGCUAGGGUACUGUGUUUUUUUUUGUCAUUCAUGAUUGUCUUCAACACUGUUGACAACUCCAGUUUUGACAAGAAUGGGGACAAAAUUCUUCCAGCAGCUCCUGCGAGUUCUUGCUUUAGAUUUAAAAAAAAAUAAUAAUAAUAAUAUCAAUUUAGAAAUAGGAGGGAUUUGAAUAAGCUGCCCAUUCUCAUCAUGCAUAUGUGAUCAUUCAAAUUCAUUUAUGAUUAUAAUAUAUAUACAGUCAAACCUGUCUAUAGCGACCGCCCUAGGGAAACACAAAAAGUGGACUUUGUA